CUUGUCCAUCAACAUUAGACUCACCAUGAGCUCAACAGUGGGACGUGUAUUCGCCUUUGCUUGGGCAGUGUCGCAUGCUCUCCAAUAUGGUCUGGCUAUCACUGGUCUGAACGGCAUAUCAGACGCUGUGACUUGUGCGGAUAAACCGGCAGGAUAUAUCCCAACAAAAGGAUGGGUCACCCCUUGCGUGCCGAUGGACUCGACCCGCUUCGGCUUUGUCGUAUCGAUCUUCACCGUUGGAGGCUUGAUCGGCUCUCUAUCUUCGGACUAUGUCGCCCGUAAGACAGGUCGAAUUGGGACCUUCAGAGUCGCCGCUUUCGCCAUCCUGAUAGGAUCAGUUGCGGUGGGCUUGGGUGCUUCAGUCCCAGCCAUGCUGUUCGGCCGUGUGGUGAUCGGUCUCGGAUGUGGGAUAGCCACUGCGACUGUUCCUGUUUUCCUCGCCGAAAUUGCUCCGCCAUCUAUCAGACAGGCUCUGGGAAUCACCAAUCAGCUGUUCAUCGUUGUCGGUCUUCUCACUGGACAGGCGUUGUCUCUACCUCUGGCUAAAGAGACCAUUUGGAGAUGGGUAUUCGCCGUGUCAUUCUUCCUCGCCAUCGCCCAAUUGAUCGGGAGUCUGUUCGUCAAGACUCCAGGCAGCUCUGACGGUGAGGAGGAGCAACCUCUCCUGCCAUCCGAAGAACCCAUGAGCAUCCGCGAAUUGCUCACUUCUCAAGACCCUGUUAUCCGCCGGGGACUCGUCGUCGUCAUCAUCACUCAAUUGGCUCAACAAGCCUGUGGUAUCAGCCCAGUCAUGUACUUUUCCACUCGAAUCCUUAAACCAGUCUUCAGUGCCAAUUCUCGUAUGGUUGCCCUCGCCGUGGUGGCCUGGAAGAUUCCACUCACGAUUCUCCCUGCGUUCGUGAUCGAACGAGCGGGUUCCAAGCCGAUCUUAUUGGUGUCCUCUGGAUUCAUGGCCAUUUCCGCAUUACUUUUGGCCAUUGGACUCAAUGCCAACUCGGGACCACUUUCCGCCACCUCCAUCGUCUCGUUCGUCUCUUUCUUCAGUAUCGGUCUCGGACCCGUCGUUUGGGUGGUCCUAUCCCAAGUCAUGCCUCCUCAAGCCAGAACCGCAGCAGGCGCUAUUGGCAUCGCUCUGAACUGGACAGCCAAUGGAUUGAUCAGUUCAGCGUUUCUUCCCCUUCAACAGUGGCUAAGUCGCGAUGGCAAGUACGAGGGAAAUAUCUUUUACAUCUUUGCAGUAUCCUGUACGGUAGUCUUCAUUGCCAUAAGACAGAGCUACGCAGCCUUUAACAGAGCGAAGACCGCAGACUAGAUGCAUAAAUGUGUGUAUUAU